UGCUCUGAACCAACUGGUUUUAGAACUAACCUUUUCUCUCUGGUUGGGUCCAAUCUAAAGGUCAGAACCCUCACUGGAGCGACCCGGUUCAGUUGAGAGUUUCUGUUGCCAGGAAACCUGAGUCUGCCCGCAGCUUGGUAACAUGAGAGGACAGGUGUGAGCGCCGGUUCCAAACGAAGCCGCAUCAUCAGAACGUUUGGUUCCUUUUCUGCUGGUAAGGAUGUCGGUGCUCAUCAGCGUUCUGGCCGGGUUCUGAUCCAUCUGAUCUUCCACUAAAGCACAGGCUGGUUGCAGAUGAAUCCACCAGAUUAUUUUGUCAUCCCGCUUUUGUUCUGCCUGAAGUUGUAAACGGGUAACAUGGGCGAGCGAGCCUGAAUUAUUGAUGAAGUGGAGCCUCGCUCUCUGACAGCAGAACAGAGGAAAACAGUUCAGACGACAAAAAAGAAGGAACGUUUUUAAAAAAUAAGACGGGAAAACAUCCAAGAUAAAAGAAGGAAACGUUUUCAAAAACGGACAAGACAGAAAGGAAGAGCAAACUGUGGAGGAAGACGGGAGCCAGAAGAAAGACGAGUACAGAGAAGAUGUAAAGAGAAAGUCCAGAAAAAAUGUCAGACCAGAAGGAAGAAGAUGAGAAGGAGAUGAAGAGUCAUGCUCCUCCCUCCUCUAUCUUAGUGGAGACUGUGAUGUCAUCGAGGAGGCCCGACCUGGUGUGCAUCGUGUGUUUUUGCAGCUAUGACCUGACAUCGCGGUUACCGCGGCGCUUGCACUGUGGCCACGCCUUCUGUCAGGCUUGUCUGAAAAGACUGGAUACAGUGAUCAAUGAGCAGGUGUGGAUCCCCUGUCCUCAGUGUCGACAAAACACACCUCGACCCAGAGGAGGAGCAGCAGGUCUGGACUUGGACUUGACGUCCUUUCUGGGGGUCAAAAGCCAGCAGGCCUGCUCCUCCUGGAACCCCAGUGGCAGAGAGAGGAGGCCUUCAGGAGACAUGCUGGCUAACGGCAAGCUGUGGCUGGGGACGGAGGAGACGGAUCACAGGAGGUCGCACGGAGGUCUGGCUGAGCCUCGCUUCCAUCGCUAUGGCAACUGCUGCCCACCUCUGCCCUGUUGGCAAUGCUGCUGGUUCUGCUGCACGUGGAGAGGCAACUGAGUCUUGAUUUUGAUGGAACAAUCUUACAAAGUCACAAACCAGAAAUAAAAAACUACUGAACUGCUGAUUGUGCUCCUUGUCUGUGAUUUAUCCAUGUUUCCAUCUGUGAAACAAUAAUCGCUUCUCCUCCUCUGACCUUACCACCUCCAUCCUGAUCCACCGCCAUCCUGAUCUUCCUCAUCCUGAUC